UGGACAGAAAGAGGACCAACCCCAGCUGCACACACGGAUCACACAAUGCACGCACAAGGGCUAAGCCCAGGUGGAAAUGCACGUGUGAGCCUGGGCGGGGCUAGCCGGGGCGCCUGUCACUCAACUGGUAGCAGAGCCCGGGCAACCCCGGCGCUCGUGGAGGCCCUGCCUCAGGGUCUGCAAGCCUGCACCCGCCCGGCUCACCGCGGAGUCCAUCCAUCAUUAGCCCUGCCUGACCCGAGCAGAGCUGGCCAGCUGGACACGCUGAGGCCUGGGGCCCAGGAGGAGGGACAGAAAGGCUCCCUUCCCUCCCAAGUGGUUGAGGAUCUGGGGGCUGGCGGGGCGCUGCCCCCCACCCCCCGCGCGGCAUGGAUGCCCCGCGCCGGGACAUGGAGCUGCUCAGCAACAGCCUGGCGGCCUACGCGCACAUCCGUGCCAAUCCCGAGAGCUUCGGCCUGUACUUCGUGCUGGGCGUCUGCUUCGGCCUGCUGCUCACUCUGUGCCUGCUGGUCAUCGGCAUCUCCUGCGCGCCCCGCCCGCGCCCUCGGGGCCCGGCUCUGCGCAGGGACCCUCGCAGCAGCACCCUGGAACCCGACGACGACGAGGACGACGACGACGACGAGGAAGACACGGUGACCCGGCUCGGCCCUGACGACACCCUGCCGGGCCCCGAGCUGGCUGAGACCGAGGGCCCGCUCAGCGUCAACGUGUUCACGUCCGCCGAGGAGCUGGAGCGCGCGCAGAGGCUGGAGGAGCGGGAGCGGAUCCUGCGGGAGAUCUGGCGCACCGGGCAGCCGGAUCUGCUGGGCACUGGCACGUUGGGACCCAGCCCCACGGGCACGGGCACACUGGGCCGCAUGCACUAUUACUGACUCCUGGUUCCGCGGCCAAGGGGCUCCGAGUACUGGACACGCAACAGAGCCCAGAGCUGGCCCCAGGACCUUUGGACUUGCCUCGGUUCCCAAAUUCCCUUGGUGCUAUUGGAUAUAGACUGCCACCUUCUGCGAGGCACCCAUCCCGGGUGGGAGUGGGUGGAGGAGGCAAGGUCCCCACCUUCUCUUCCCCGGGAACGAUGAUGUGACCAAUGAAAGCAGGGUUCUCAAUGA